CUUUUUGCCGGCACCCAAGGGCAUUUCCAAACUUUCUCCAAAAAGUCCGCGGCGCAGCUCUGCUGGACUAAUUACAGCCCAAACUUUCCCUAAUGAGCGCGAGCGUGAGUGCGCGGCACCGGCCGAGCGCCUGUGGGGUCGAGCGCAGGUGGUCGUGGCGGCAUUCAAUCCAGUGGGAUGUCAGUCAGUCGUACAGAUGUGAAGGUGUUCUCAGGAUCUCCCCCCCUCUCCAUCUCCCUGUGUUUUAUGUCUGCGUCACAACAAGUCGAAGGAGAGCGAGGCAGAGAUGAUGAUGGCGUCUCUCUCGGGCUGAUUCUUAUGCCGCUUUCCCGACUAACACGCCUGAUAGCAACAACCGAGAGACAGAGGGAGGUUGAGAACAUGAAGCAGAAGACAGACAGUAAGAGAGACGGACGGACAGACGGUUGCGCACUGACGGCUUGAGUGACGCGCGUUUGAUCCGCCGCGACUCUCCAAACGCGCCGAUUAUUCGGGACAGUGAUUGAGACGCAGAACAACACCGGGCGUCAGGCAUUUCAUGUGAGACUGACAUCUCAUCCCCGUCUCUGUGACCCCAGCAGAGCAGAACACUUAACACAGGAUGGGGGGAGUUAGUGAAGGAGAGGAUGUUUUAGCCAGGUGGAGCGAUGGACUUCUGUACCUUGGCAAUGUCAAACGAGUGGACAGCGUCAAGCAGUGCUGUUUGGUUAGAUUUGAGGAUAACUCUGAAUUCUGGGUCCUCAGGAAAGACAUCCACUCUUUCUCUUCAGGUGGAGAGGAGGUGUGCUGUAUCUGUGAUGCUCCGCCUCUUAAAGAACCUCUCGUAAACUGCCUCAAAUGUCGCCAUGGUUAUCAUCCAGAGUGCCACACGCCGCCCAUUGAACCUGAAGUAGACCCAAACAGCUGGAUAUGCCGCCAAUGUGUCUUCGCAGUCGCAACAAAGAGAGGGGGAGCGUUAAAAAGAGGACGCUUCGCACGGCUCAUGCAGAUCAUGAAAGUGCGGCUGCCCUAUCAGCUGUUAUCUUUAGACUGGGACCCGCAGCACUUGACCAAUCAGCAGCAGUGUUACUGCUAUUGUGCUGGACCAGGAGAGUGGAAUCUGAAGAUGUUGCAGUGUGGGAGUUGUGGGCAGUGGUUUCAUGAAGCUUGCACUCAGUGCCUGACCAAACCUCUUCUCUAUGGAGACCGUUUUUAUCAGUUCCAGUGCUCAGUGUGCACAAAUGGUCCAGAGACCGUCCAGAGGCUUCCGAUGACCUGGGUAGAUUUGGCCCAUUUGGUGCUGUAUCACCUCUCCCUGUGCUGCAAGAGGAAGUAUUUUGAUUUUGAUCAUGAAAUCAUGUCUUUUGCAAAUGAAAAUUGGGAAUCGUUGCUUCUUGGCACGCUGUCAGACACACCGAGGCAAGACCGUUGCCAAAACCUGCUCAAUGCUUUAAAUUCCCACAAAGACAGGUUUGUUUCGGGGAAGGAAAUCAAGAAGAAGAAGUGUCUCUUUGGUCUUCAAGUUCGGGCUCCUCCCCCUCUGUCAUCAGACCAAUCACCUUUUAUCGCCGAACAGCCAAUCAACAUCACCCACAGGAGAAGUCCCACAUCACUGCCGUACCAGCGGAGAGCGGUGGGUCUGGAGGCCCGUAAAUCAAAGCGCCGCGUCACUGAGACACAGACGUGUCCACAAGGAGUUGCAACAAAUGCCAUUGACCUGGUGCCAUGUUGCCACGGUUACGUCGAUGGAACAAGCCUGUAUGACCCUAGAAAACAAGAGCAAGAGAUAAAUUUGGGUUCACCUCCCAAGAGAAUGUAUGCGCUCUAUCACCCUUCAUACAGCGGAUCUCAGGAGCUGUCUAGAACUCUGCAUCAUUACAGUGCAGAGGACCCUUGUCGACUUCCAGCCCCCUGCCUUCCAUUCUCUCACCCAACCGGACAGCGCUAUGAAAGCUGCCCGUCUCUCUUCCUGCACGACGUGCCACCCUACCCCAGUACAGUCGGCAUGGGGGGGCCCACGCCGAUGGGGUGGGGGGGAAGCGACUCCGUCAGGAUCCUGGCCAGGCGCGUAACGGCGGAAGGAAAAGUCCAGUACCUCGUGGAAUGGGGAAAUGUGAGCGUGUACUGAGAACCCGUGUGCGACAGAGAAAAAGGAAAGGGCUAGAGACAUCCAGAAGCAUCAUUAGGGUUUGCAUGGUUACGAGCAGAGGUGCGAAAGCAUCAAUGAACAGGUGGGUGUUCUGCGGCCGGGAGAAGAAAACACAUCCAGCAAAUCCAGGUUGAGCUACACAGCAGCAUCACUCUGAGAUUACACUGUUAAAUCUCUCACACUUUCUUUUACAGUGUCUCCUAUAUUUUGAAUACUGUUAGAAAACGCCUUUAGAAUGCCUUGAACUUUAUUAUUAUGAUUUGUAUUGUAUAAGCUAUUCAUCAGGAUCACUUGUUGUUCAUGUACACAUAGCAGUCAGAAAUUUCAGGAGAGCUUCAUCAUGCGGUCACAUCAAUAAUUGUAAUAUUUUAAUGACAGGGAAAUAGUAAUUAAAGAACUAUUCCAGGUUUAGGCCAGGUUAUACUCAGUAGACGCAAUUAUGGCAUAUUGUUAAUUACUAAAAAAUUAUUUCUACUUCUAAAAAAUGUGGGUUUGACUUUAAAUAGAAGUAAAGGGGGCCAAUCUGUUAAUGUUUCAAUGCUAGUAGUUUGCAGAUUCAUGUUCUACAAACUGACCCUGUUAAUUAAAUUGUAAAUUCUUCAAAAUAAUCUUGAUAUUUGCACAUUUAUUUGUUAAUUUAAGAAAAUGAGGGAUUAACAUUAUGCUACAAAUGCCGUUGAACUUUUACAGAACCCUGGAAUAUUCCUUCAGUAGCAAGCAGGCAAGAAACUUUUCAUGAUGGGUGGCAAACAGAACAUCCAGAACGCAGCUAAUACCCAUUUUUAAACAUCACGACAUCAUUUUUAAGUAAUAAUGAAAAAUUAUAAUAGUUUCUCAGCAUAUGCUAUUCAGAGGAGGAUUUAAAUAAAUAUCAGACUGUUCUAAAAUCUCUGAACCAUGUUAAAAUCACUAAAUUAUGGAAGCCUAUUUCUGACACAUAAGAAAAAAAGUGCUUUGGUAUUUCAAAGUUAUGAAAUCAAAAGUCAAAUUGUAAUUGUGAUAUAAAUUAUCAUAUUUCUGAGAUGUAAUAAUUAUGACAUACUGUGAUGACUAUGAUGACCUAGUCAUAAUUGACAAAAAGUACAAAUUAUGAGAUAAUCAUGGUCAUAAUUAUGGCAAAAGUCAUAGUUAUCACAUAUAAAGUCAA